AUGGAUGGCUUCAUUUCGUCGUCGUUGGCGCUCGUCGUGCUGGCGCUUCAUCUUGCCGUGGAUGGCUGCUCGGCGGUCAACCUUGAAGGGUCGGUACUGCUCAAGUUCCAGUCAAGGGUGGAGGAGGAUCCGUAUGGCGCCAUGGUGGGCUGGAGCCCGCGCGACGGCGACCCCUGCAGUUGGAACGGCGUGCGCUGCGUCUAUGGCAGAGUUGUGAUGUUAAACCUGAAGGAUCUCUCCUUAAGAGGCACCCUAGGUCCAGAGCUAGGAACUCUUAGCCAUCUGAGGGCUCUUGUACUCUCCAAUAACUUAUUCAGUGGAGCAAUACCUAAGGAAUUGAGUGCUCUUGCAAUGUUGGAGAUACUGGAUUUAAGCAACAACAACUUGAGUGGGGAAGUUCCACAAGAGAUAGCAGAAAUGCAAUCACUUAGGCAGUUAUUGCUUUCCAAUAACUGCUUUCAGUGGCCUCUGAUCCAACAUUCCUAUGGGAACUUCGAUCAGGAAAAUGAUUUCAAUAUUUAUGAUAAUCUCGGGAGGGGUAGUAUGAAUCGAAGAGCUGAGAAUGGGUUGGAAUCUGGUUCUUCCUCACAAGAGGACAAAAAGGAUACUAGCAACCUUUCUGCUCAACUUCCUUCACAAUAUGCAGCAAGAAAUCCAGCAGCACAGCUUAGCCAGCGCAGGUUACUUCAAGAUAGCAAUCUUGCUGCACCUUCUUCUGCAAAUGCUCUUGUUCCAGCUGCUGUUCCUGUUCCUUCCACUGGAACUGGUUCAUUUUCAGCAUUCAGUCCCAACAAUGCACCUGUACCAGCUGUAAAUCCCCCAAGUAGUCCACCGACGGUCCCCAGUACUACCGCCGAAGAAGUUCCAGGAAGAAGGUCCAUCAAAUGGCUUUAUCUCAUUGUGGUGCCACUGGUCGCACUUCUUAUUGGCAUCGCAUGUAUGCUUUUUCUAUGCCGCACCAAGUCAGGGACAACAAUAGGUCCAUGGAAGACAGGGCUCAGUGGUCAGCUCCAGAAGGCAUUUGUAACAGGAGUACCAAAGUUGCAACGCUCUGAGCUGGAAGGUGCUUGUGAGGACUUCAGUAACAUUGUGGCAACCUAUCCACAGUACACUGUCUACAAGGGAACCUUAUCAAGUGGUGUUGAGAUUGCUGUUGUAUCAACCAUGAUUACCUCUAGCAAAGAUUGGUCAAAACAUUCGGAAGGGCGAUUCAGGAAAAAGAUAGACUCACUCUCGCGAGUCAACCAUAAGAACUAUAUCAACCUGCUUGGGUACUGUGAGGAGGAAGAACCUUUCAUGAGGAUGAUGGUGAUGGAAUAUGCUCCUAAUGGAACGCUAUAUGAACACCUCCAUGUCGAGGGAUUUGAUCCUAUUGAUUGGAAUGGUAGGAUGAGGAUAAUUAUGGGAGUAGCAUACUGCACCCUACACAUGCAUGAGCUUAGCCCUCCAAUAACACACCCAGAGUUAAAAUCAAGUGCUAUAUUGCUAUCUGAGGAUGGAGCUGCAAAGAUAGUAGACAUGAGCGUUUGGCAUGAAGUAUAUUCCAGAGGAAACAUGCCCAAGGAUGACGACUUAGUUGAUCACCAUGAACGAGUAGCUGCGGAUCCAGCUGGGAAUGUCCACAGUUUUGGUCUACUCAUGCUGGAGAUCAUCUCAGGAAAGCCUCCGUACUCCGAAGAAAAGGGUUCCCUUUCAAACUUGGCUUUGGAGUGCAUUAGGGAUAACCGGAGCAUGUCUUGUUUGCUUGAUCCUAACUUGAAGGAUCACAAAGAAAAGGACCUAGAAAUCAUAUGUGAUUUGGUCCAGGACUGCAUCCAAAGCGAUCCGAAGAAGAGACCAACCAUGAUGGAGGUCACCACUAGAUUGCGAGAAGCACUGUCAAUUUCGUCUGAGGCUGCGACGCCACGGUUAUCUCCACUCUGGUGGGCGGAGCUUGAGAUCCUUUCAGUUGAAGCAAGCUAG